AGGUGGCGGCGCGGGCGCGGCUCGCGGUGACUCCCCCGGGCCGGGGCGGCGGCGGGCGCUGAGACCUCGGCCUGGAUGGAAACUGGGGGCGAUGCCAGAGCGGCACCUCGGCGGGGCGGCAGAGGCGGCGGCCGUGGCGGGGUUCCAGCGACUGCCGAGCCCGGCGCUCUCCCGGCCGCGGAGAUCGGCGUGAACAUGGAUGGGCCCGGCGGCGGGGGGAGCGCGGCGGCGGCCGCGGACACGGACGCUGCUGCAGCGCCGGCGGCCCCCGGGGCCCUCACCCCGCCGCCCCGCGGGCCCGGCUCCAGGGACCCCAAGCUGGUCCAUCAGCGCUUCCUGCGGAGGAGCGUGGUGGACUCGGACCAGGAGGAGCCCGCCUUCGACCUGCCCGAGGCGGAGCACCAGCGGAGAAUCAUCCUGCCCCCCAAAACCAGGAGGAUAAUCGCGGAGCGGGCGAAGGCGGGGCAGGGGGCGGUGGAGGCGGCGGGCCGGGAGGCCGAGUGCUCCGAGGAGCCGCGGGCGACGCCGGCCGCGGGCAGCGCCGCGGGAGCCGAGGAGCAGAAGGAGCCAGGCAAGGAUGCGGAGCGGAGAGAGGCGCAGGAUGCUGCCAAGGACCAGGGCAAGGCUAAGAAAGAGGAGCCCGAGGAGGAGGCUGACAUGAAAGCGGUUGCCACCUCGCCGGAUGGCAGGUUCCUAAAGUUUGAUAUUGAACUCGGGCGGGGAUCCUUCAAAACGGUCUACAAGGGUCUGGACACGGAGACGUGGGUGGAAGUCGCGUGGUGUGAACUGCAGGACAGAAAACUCACAAAAGUAGAGAGGCAGAGAUUUAAAGAGGAAGCAGAGAUGUUGAAGGGUCUGCAGCAUCCAAACAUUGUGAGGUUUUAUGACUUCUGGGAAUCCUGUGCAAAAGGCAAAAGAUGCAUCGUGCUGGUUACCGAGCUGAUGACCUCUGGAACGCUGAAGACGUAUCUGAAGAGAUUUAAAGUGAUGAAACCUAAAGUCCUGCGGAGUUGGUGUCGGCAGAUCCUGAAGGGUCUUCUUUUCUUACACACAAGAACUCCACCAAUAAUUCACAGAGACUUGAAAUGUGAUAAUAUUUUUAUUACUGGACCAACUGGAUCUGUGAAAAUAGGAGACUUGGGUCUGGCAACACUCAAGAGAGCUUCGUUUGCCAAAAGUGUCAUAGGCACACCAGAAUUCAUGGCCCCGGAGAUGUAUGAGGAACACUACGAUGAAUCUGUGGAUGUCUACGCCUUUGGAAUGUGCAUGCUGGAAAUGGCUACCUCAGAAUACCCUUACUCAGAAUGCCAGAAUGCUGCUCAAAUCUACCGAAAAGUAACCUGUGGUAUAAAGCCAGCAAGCUUUGAGAAAGUUACUGAUCCUGAAAUUAAGGAGAUAAUUGGGGAGUGCAUCUGCAAAAACAAAGAAGAAAGAUAUGAAAUUAAAGAUUUAUUAAGCCAUGCCUUUUUUGCUGAAGAUACUGGGGUAAGAGUGGAACUUGCAGAAGAAGACCAUGGUAGGAAAUCCUCUAUUGCCUUAAGACUCUGGGUAGAAGAUCCUAAGAAACUGAAAGGAAAACCCAAAGACAAUGGAGCCAUUGAGUUUACUUUUGAUCUGGAGAAGGAAACUCCUGAUGAUGUUGCACAAGAAAUGAUUGACUCGGGCUUUUUCCACGAGAGCGAUCUCAAGAUCGUGGCCAAGUCCAUCCGUGACCGAGUGGCGCUGAUCCUCUGGAGGAGGGAGCGCAUCUGGCCCAGGAUGCAGUCGGAGGAGCGCCGUGACUCGGAGUGCCCGGACAAGCUGAAGGCGCCGCAGGCACAGCAGGUCCAGGUCACCUACCUGUCCCACACGGGCCACCACAUCCUGUCAGAGCCCGAGGAGCCCGAGGCAGACCAGCACCCCUUCCAGCAGAACCUGCCCACCAGCGUCACCUCCGUCGCCUCUGACAGCACGUUUGACAGCGGCCAGGGCUCCACGGUUUAUUCGGACUCUCAGAGCAGCCAGCAGAGCGUCAUCUACUCAUCGCUGCCCGAUGCUGUCCCUCCUGCCAUCCAGAGGGUGUACAGCCCCCCCCUGAGCGAGGGCCAGCCUGUGCCCCACAGCCUCCCCCAGCUCAGCCACUACCAGCAGCCCUCAGCACCCAUCCUGCCCGCGGUGCCGGCCGCCCCCGCCGUGGUGCCGCAGCACUACCAGGAGCCGGCCAUGCCGUUCCCCGUGGUCCCCAGCACCGUGGCCUCGCUCCCGCUGGGACAGCCACCCCCGUCAGUGCUGGCCGGCCAGCAGCAGCAGCAGCAGCAGCCCAUGUCGCAGGCAGCCUCCCUGCAGCAGGUGCUCAGCAGCCAGCCCAUGUGCCCACUGCCUCCAGCCCCUCACCUGCUGCCGCCCUUCCCGGCCCAGGGCUCGCAGGUGCCCGCCAGCAGCACCCCCCUGAAGCCCCUGCAGAUCUCCACCGUGCCACAGCUGCCACCCGUGGCCCCUUCCCAGAUUCCUCAGUUUCCUGUCAUUCCUGCAAUUACUCCUCUGGCAGGGCUCGACAGCCUUCCUCCAAACCUGUCUGACAUCCCGGCUGCGAACGUGCCCCCCAUUCCCGCUCCUUCCCAGUACUUCGCUCCGGCCGUCAUCCUGCCCAGCCUGCCCAUGAACCCCACUCUGCCCAUGGCGCCCAACUCCCCCGCCCUGCCCAUGCAGGCCGUCAACCUUCCUCACACCACCGUGGCUUCUCUGGUCCUGCCCUGCCAGCCCAUCGUGCCAAACAUGCCUGCGGCGGCCACCAUCCCUCUGCUGGCGGUGGCGCCGCCGGGGGUGCCGCCGCUGCCGCCUCACGCCGCGGUGCCGCCGCUGCCGCAGCAGCCCGUGUUCCAGCCCGCCUUCCAGCCCCUGCUGCCCGGCGACGCGCCCUCGCCCCACCACGGCCAGAGCUCCCAGCCCGUGGCCCAGCCGCAGCCGCCUCCUCCGGCCCUGCAGCCCGGCGUCAUCCACACCCCCGAGCCGGCUCUGGCCGCUCCCGCCGCCGCUCACCAGCCCAUGCCUGGACACGCUCAGUUUGCUCUGGAGGCUGGAGCCCAGGUGCUGCCGGUGCAACCCUCCAUGGUCAUGUCACCGCCGUUGCAGCUGCAGCCGGAGCUGGUGCCGCCCUGCGUCGCUCCCGAAGGCGUUCCCCAGGUCCAUGGCAGCCUUGCCACGGCUGCCCCGCCUGUCCCCAUAGAGCCUGGCCUGCCUCUCCAGCCCUCUGCUCUGCUGCAGCUCCAGCCUGAUCUUUCCCAGCCACUGGGCCAGCAGCUGCCAGCUCCCUGCUCGGCUGUCGCGGCAGGCGCAGAGACAUCUCAAGAGGAGCAGGCAAUACAGGAUAAACUCCAAGCUCUGUCCCAGAGUUGCGAAAGCUACCUGAGUCCAGAUGUUGCUCCUGGUAAAGAGAUGAGUGACAGCUUGGAAGGAGCAGCAGGAAGUGGAAAGCAAGAGGGAAAGUCUUCAAAGAAGCAUAAGAAAUCCACGCGUGCUCGUUCCCGCCAGGAGAAGUCCAACAGACCCAAGCUGACUAUAUUAAAUGUGUGCAACACAGGGGAUAAGAUGGUGGAGUGCCAGCUUGAAACCCAUAACCACAAAAUGGUGACGUUCAAGUUUGACUUGGAUGGUGAUGCACCAGAGGAAAUUGCUACUUACAUGGUGGAGAAUGAAUUCAUCUUGCAAAGUGAAAAAGAGACUUUCAUUGAGCAAAUGAAGGAUAUCAUUGAUAAAGCAGAAGAUAUGCUCAGUGAGGAUACAGAAGGAGAGCGAAGUUCUGACCAGGGAACAAGUCCCCAACAAGAUGCUGAUAGGCUUGAAAUGAGUGAUGAGAAGCGUCAGUCUCAAAUGAAGACACCCGUGUAUCAGCAAAACGUUUUGCAUACUGGAAAAAGGUGGUUUAUCAUAUGUCCAGUGGUGGAAAACCCUACUACGGAUGCCCCCGAGUUUUCUCCCCCGGUGCCUCCCAGUGGCCAGCAGACAGAAGGGCCAGAGCCAGAGCAGUCGGAUGACCAGCCGAUGGGCUCUGCAGCACCAGAGGCACCCGGGGUUGGGGCUGGCCCGCAGCUUCCCCUGCACUCCGGGGUCAGUGACACCCUGUCCUCGGCACCAGCUCCCGCUGCAGCAGCUCCUGCCAGCGUAGCGAGCCAGCCGGAGCUGCCAGCCCCAGCGGCGUCCGCCCCGAGCAUCGCGGAGUCCGCGGUGGCCGGCGGGGGUCACCCGGAGCACCCCCAGCCCGGCCUCCCCGCCCCGCAAGCCGUGGGGCCGGACGGGCCCCCCGAAGCCGCGGCCCCCCAGCUGCAGCCGCAGGCGGAUGAGCUGGUGUGUGUGCCUGACGUGGAGGUCUCCUGCUGCAGCGUGGGGGCUCACACGGCUGUGCCGGCGGCUCCGGGGCCGCUGCCCGAUGCCGUGGUGCCAGAGCACGCCGUGGUGCCGGAGCACACCAUGGUGCCAGAGCAUCCCAUGGUGCCGGAGCAUCCCAUGGUGCCAGAGCACACCGUGGUGCCAGAGCACACCGUGGUGCAGGAGCACACCGCGGUGCCAGAGGGUGGCCAGCCCGGCACGGGGCCCUUCGGCAGCCAGCCCUUCCCCGCUGGCCCCGACGGGCUGGGCUUGGCUGGGUCCCAGCUCCAGAGCCCCACGCAGGUGCCGCUGGCUGCGGCCCAGCAGCUGCCGGGGGCACAGGGUGGCCCGGGGCUGGCAGGGGUCAGCCUGCUCCAGCAGCAGAACCCCCCCGGCACCGCCGAGUCUGACGGCGAGGGACCCCCCCGGGUGGACUUUGUGGACAACACGAUUAAAAGCCUCGAUGAGAAGCUGCGCAAUUUGCUCUACCAGGAAUAUGUUCCGACUUCUUCGGCGUCAGCGGGGACGCCGGACACCUCUGUGCCACCCGAACAGGGCGACAGUGAAUUUACCUUACCACCUUUCCCUGAAGAUCAAGGUCCUGCCCCGGUGUCGGAUGGGAGAGACACGAGCUGCAGCAUCCCCGACAGCAGGCAGGAGGUGAAAGCUGCUGCCGAGCCACUGGUGCCCCUCGUGCCCUCAGAGGCCUUGCCCUGCCCACCACUGUUGGACAAGCCAGAAGUCCCUGGUGUGAGUGCUCAUCCCUCAGAGGCAAGAGGUGGGUCAGCAGGUGGAACAGGUCCAGCUGCAAGCAUCACUCCAGCUCCUGCUGCUCAAGCAAAAGGCCUUCUUCAGGUUGCACCUCCAUCAUCAGGCACAGCUCCACAGAUGGAGACGUUCCAGAGGAGCGAGGAGGCAGAGAGGACGGCUUCACCCGCGCGCACGGCGAGCGUGAUGCGGCGAGCGGCAGCAGAUGGGGCGAUGAGUAACUUCCACAGGGACGGCUCUGCAGGCUCCGGUUCCUGUGGAAAACAGGCUGAGGCUCAGGAGAGCGGCACACCAGCCAAAACCAUUGGCAGGUUUUCAGUCAUCAGCACGCAGGACGAGUUAACUUUAGCGGCACCGCAGUGCUUGCGGUUCUCGGCGCCCCCGGACGUGUACCUGGACGAGCUGCCCUCCAGCCCGGACAUGAAGGCCGCCGUGCGCAGGGUCCAGACGGCCUCGUCCGUGGAUGUCCUGUGUGACCAGGCCUCCAGCGACUCUGCCGACGAGCCCUUCCCGCGGCAGCCGGCGGCUGCAGCUGCACAGCUCUCCCCCCCCAGCAGCACGGCCGCCGACUUGAUUAAAAAAGCGGCUGCUUUUCUGCAGAGAUCCGGCAAAGGUGGCUCCCCCGGGCCAGAGUCACCCAACGGGCAAGGUGCGAAGAUUCCUACCAUCAACAUCACGUCCAUCCACUCACAGUCGUCCUACAUGAGCAGUGACAACGACUCGGAGUUCGAAGAUGCUGAUAUGAAGAAAGAAUUGCAGAACCUGAGAGAAAAGCAUAUGAAAGAGAUUGCUGAGCUGCAGACACAGCAGAAGAAUGAGAUAGAGGCACUGUAUAUUCGGCUGGGGAAACCCCUUCCUCCCAACCUGGGCUUCCUUCACUCCGCCCCGCCGAGCGGCCGGCGCCGAAGAACCAGCAAAAACAAAUUGAAAGCUGGAAAACUCUUAAACCCUCUGGUCCAGCAGCUCAGGAGUGGAACAUCAAGCACAAGUAACCUUUCAGACUCUAAAGACUCACCCCACAAAGAAAGCAGUAAAUCACAGCCAGGCUCCCCUGAAGCAGCCGUGGUGCCUCCCAGCUCAGCCUUUGGCAAGGCUGUGCAGACCCAGCAGCCCUGCUCUGUCAAAGCCUCUCUGUCCUCUGACAUCUGCUCCGGCCUGGGCCCCGACGCUGCCGAUGCCAACGCAAGCUCUGGCCAAGGCUGGACGGUUUUCCACCAAACGUCUGAGAGAGUGACCUAUAAAUCUAGUAGCAAACCUCGUACCAGAUUCCUCAGUGGACCUGUGUCUUUGUCCAUCUGGUCCACCUUGAAACGACUAUGUCUAGGCAAAGAUCACAGUAGUAGAUCCUCGACCAACAGCCUGGUGACGUGUCCUGAGCCCCUGCCGCAGUCGACGCUGCAGGUUCAGGCCAACAACAGUAACAACAAGAAAGGGACGUUCACAGACGACCUGCACAAGUUGGUGGACCAGUGGACGAGCAAAACUGUUGGAGCUGCACAGGCAAAACCUUCUUUAAACCAACUGAAGCAGAACCAAAAAAGGCAAGACAUGGAGCCAAAGGCUAACCCCAUGCAAACGCAGAAUGAGACAUGUGGAAUUCUGAAAAUGAGACCGUCAGCGACUGACACGUGGCCCCCACAGCUACGGUGCCAAGCGCGAGGCCCCGCCGCAGCCAAGGAGGAGGAAGAGGAAGAUGGGAAAUGAUUUAUCAUACGUGAGGAAUUCUGUGCCGUUCUGGUCCAUUCAACACUAUUUUGUAACUUCUUUCUAAUCAUUUUUUUAUUUAUAGUUGGAAAUACAAAAAUGUUAUGCAAUAAAAAAUAAAGGAGAAUUAUUUUGGGGGAAAAGGAUUUUGUUCCAAAUUGUUCCCUUCUGUUGUGAGCCAGGUUUCCUUGAGCAGCAGAUGGAGAAGAGGGAGGAGGAGGAAGAGAAGGAGGCACUCCUUCAAAUGCUUUUUGUUUCACACAGUUAAUUGUCAUUUAAGCAAUUUUCCAAGUGAUAAACUAGGCAAACAUACAAGAAAGAUAAGUUCCAGUUCCAUUUAAAUUUCUCACAGUUCUUUUUUAAAGAUGAGAUUCUAUUUUAAAUCCACUUAAAUCAAGUCAAAAACCUCCGGAUCCUGCACCGGAGAAUGAUUCUGCUUGUCACUUCCCUUUUUACCUCUCUCUUUUUCUCAUAGACCGGCCACAUUUUCAUGCCAGACUUAAAUACAGUCUCGAGUCACUGCUGAUUUUAAAUGUAAGACUGAAAUCCUUCCACAGAUGAGUGGGUAAUUGGAGCCAUUUUUAAGACUCUAAAGUGCCUUCAAUGAUCUAAACCGAUGCAGCGGGGGUUUCUUUCUCUGGGCUCACUGGAGCUGGGUUUCAGCUGUCUCCUGGACUGAGGUGAUGGACAGAGCAGUUCGUAGCAAUAAUCUCACGAGCAAUCAUUCCUUUAUCCAAGGACUACUCAGCUGGUUUUCAGACAGCUGGGUUAGCACUGUCCUGAGAGGUGGGAAAAUGCUGCUCCUGCUGUUACAUCUGGGCCCCAAAGGCUGUGUCCCCCCUGCCCCUCUGCACUCCCAGCCCAGGCUGUGCCCACGGCGUUUUUGAUCCCAGAGCCGCAGGAACCUCCCCAGCCCGGCAGCCUCUCGGUACCACCCUCCCUCGCAGCUGGAGCCUGGCCUUCGUUUUUGUUGUUAUCUGCCAUGUCUGUCUCUUCCAAAUCUUGGUUCUAAAUAAUAAAUCUUAUUUUGAUGCUGUU